CACGUACUGUUCGACUGGUAAAGAAAGGAUGAUUGCGGUUGGCAAUUUGAUAAUUGACUCGAAUGCUUAUUUGGGAAGCGACGGACAAAGACCGUAGAUGAAGAGGUGUUUAAAAGGGGACAAAUUGGGCGAUGACGGAUUGUGAGGAGCUGUCCGCUUGUUCAAACACACCCGUUUUAUCACAGGGACUAAGAAUUCCCUCCGUUCAAAUCCAGGAACAAUUCAGCGAGGAUUCGAGGAAAGCUAGAAUCAUUAGGCGCAAAACUUCUAAGGAUUCCGAACCGUCGGUCUUCACGCUGUGUGGUAUAGCUGAGAUAUGCGUAGCUAAACGAAUGGAAGCUCAAGGACGCCCCAGAGAGGCAUUUGAAAUGAAUUCAACACUGGGCCAGGCGGUCAGCAACCCAAACACUAGUGAUGUAACCGUUUCAUGCGCCAAAGGCAAAGGGGAAAAAAAGGGGAAAAAUCAAAUCAGGGUUUGGAAAAGGGAGAGGGAUGCUGUCAGAACGAGGAAAGAAAAAUAUGACGGGCAAAGAAGUCCCAUCUUCAAUUCAAUACCGGACCAUUUCUGCACUCUCGGAAGGCAAGAGAAUCCGUGUCAUUGUGCAGCGAGCGGAAUGGAAGACAUUACUAAAAACGCUUUGGAUUGUGGAAUAAAGGGUUGCGCUAUUGUUGUGAGAAACAAUGACGACACUGGCACACCGGCAAAGAAACAGAGAACGGAUAAGGUUGACUCAAUGUUCACAGCGCCUGCACCCCCGCCACCCGUUACAGAAGGCCCAAUGUCCAAUGCCCCCUUCACUCCAUCCAUCUCAAAGCAGCUGCUGGUCAGGACCAGAUCCAUAGGAACCAACACUCAUGACGGAGGUCCAGACACAGACUCGUGUUGCCUGGGGCCUUGUCAGCCAGGCACUAGUGUCAACCUUGAAGGAAUUGUUUGGCAUGAGACUGACGAAGGUGUGCUUGUAGUCAAUGUAACAUGGAGGAAAAGAACAUAUGUGGGGACCCUUUUAGACUGUACCAAGCAUGACUGGGCACCCCCGAGAUUUUGUGAGUCACCUUCCAGUGACUCUGAUCUGCCCGGUAGCCGCGGUCGUGGUAAAAGAAUGCGACUGGCCAUUCCGGAUCAACCCUGUGUUGACCCCGCUCUUACCAAGGUCCGUGGGCUGCCACAUAAAAGCCGUGGCGGGGGCAUUCACAGCAAGGGCCGAAGGGGGAGUCUCAAUCUGAUCAAUAACUGCCGAACUCCCCCCUUCUUCACAGUGGAGGAAAUCAAGCCAAACUCCCUCCCAUCUGGGAAGAGAAAAAACAAACCACUGGCUGAUCUGGAUUUGACUUUAGUCGCAGAGGACAUGAAGAUUGGAAACGGGAAAAGGAUCCGUGCCAAGUCUCGGAGUGCUCCUUCCACGCCACAGGGAAAGUCAGAUCCUACCUUUAUGGAUCCGGCAUGCACUUCUCCUAUAUUAAUAGACUGUCCUCAUCCAAACUGUAACAAGAAAUACAAGCAUAUCAAUGGGCUCCGUUACCACCAGACACAUGCACACUUAGACAUAGACCCAAAGCCUGAAUUUGAGGCUGAGAGUGAGGACAGACUGUCUGACUGUGAAGAGUCCCUCAGUAGCCUGACAUUUGACUGCUCUGAAAUGACAAAUAACUCGUCAAAGAAGCCCAGUUCUCUUUAUAAGGUUUCUACAAUUGGGUCUCUAAAGAACAGACGGUUAAUGCUCAAUAGUGACCAUAGUCCUACAGCGACAUCAAAAAUGAGGAGGAAUUCCUUGAUCAAAGAUGGACUCAUUGAUGAUUUGAGUAACUUGCCAAUCAUCUCAAACAUGACUGUGGUUUUGGAGAAUUGCCUUGUUACUGAUAGGAACUCUUCUGUGGAGAUGCCUAAGCUCGAAGCAGAGGGUUUGAUCGAUAAGAAGGGAGCAAGUGAUAAAGGAAAGAAGGCCAAUGGGAAAUCAGAGAAGUGUUCGUCUAAAUCCAGAACCAACAGGCCUAUAGCUCCUGGUCCUGCUCCUCCAAAGUUGAUUGCAAUUCCGAACACUGUGUUUUCUUCCAGCAACGCAACAGAGACCUCUACCCAGCAGUCUUCCCCAUCAGCAGCUGUUGGUGUCACAGCAACAAAGAACCUCUCACUUAAACCCAUCAAACCAAAGUUGAAUAUCAUGAUAGAGCCAAGUCUGGUGAAAGCCACUAUUGUCACUUGCAAGGAGACCAGGAAAAAAGAGAAACGGAGAUUAAAAAACAAACGCCAUAAAGAUACAAGGACCUCAGAUGGCGAUGGCACUCUGCUGAAGAUGGAUGAGGGGAAGCUGGCGGGAAAAGAACAAACCGGAAGCCUUUUGAAAGAACACUUGAGCAAACAAGAUGGGAUGAAUGGUCUGAUAGAGUCUCAAGAGAGUCGAAUGGCCAGCAUCAGAGCCGAGGCGGACAAAGUGUACACGUUCACUGACAAUGCUCCUAGUCCUUCCAUAGGUAGCUCUUUAAGACUAGACUGUGGCUCCCUUGGAAGUGGAGAUGGCACUACCACUAAGACGAACAGCCCUGCCUAUUCAGACAUAUCCGAUGCAGGUGAUGAUGGGGGGUCGGAAUGUCGUUCAGACACAAGGUCCAAAAGCCCAAGGUCCAUUUCGCUUACUGAGAUAAACACAAACAACAAUCCUAGUUCUAAGACUGCUACAGCUCCAGGGUCAGUCAAAGACCCACAGUCUCCUUUCUACCACGGAUAUGACCCUUACUAUCUUCAAAAUUACAUGCAGACCGGCCAGUCAAACGCAACUGGUGGUCAUAAGAACUCUACUCCUCAAGACAGUAAAUGCAAAAGGGAGGAUAUGAAGGAAUGCAGUGAUGAGAGAAAUGCCCCAGAAUUCAUUGAUUCAAAGAAGGCUGAUUUCAUCAACUCGAGUUCACAGUCCCAGCUUCAGAUGGCGAUGACACAAACUCAAACUGCUCUAGCUCAGUCCUUGUACUAUGGCCAAUAUGCCCGCGGCCUUUAUUUGGAUCAGAAACUCUUAAUGGCAUCCAAGUGCUGUGAACAGCAGCAAAUCAGCAAGCAGAGAGGAGGUCAAGCCAACCGAGAGCCAGACGAGAUAAAACACAUGAUAACCCCGACAGCUGUAUUAUCUAAGGGGACAGACUCAGUUAAAACGUGCUGUGCCAAACCUGGGCUCUCGUUUGUAGAAAUGGAUGAGCGAUCACAGACUCUUAACACACAAUCACAAGGGAAGCCGAUGGUCAUCAAUGUGAAGGAAAACCAGGGCCUUGUCAAAGACAGUGAUGAAAUGAAAUCAUCCAUGAAUCCAAAUAAUCAGACAGAUCUGGACUCAAAUGUGUCAUUUUCAAAUCAUGCAGAAGUCCAACCCUGGCCACGCCUGAAUCAAUCCAAAUAUGUGGAGCAGCAAACUGAAGAUCUUAGCCAGAGCUCAGAGGAGUUAAAUGCUGACACAUCUAAGGAGUGGGAGAUUCCCUAUGAGCCAGUGACAAAGAUGGAGCUCAAAAAGGCAGCGACCCAGGAUGCCCCCAUAUCGGACACAGAGGACUAUGAUAGGCUAGAGGAGUUGCCAAUGGGCGUCAUGUCGGAGGACUCACAAAGCGCCAGGGUGGCUGUAUCACCACCGAUGAACCCCCAACAGCAAUCUUUCAUUCCAUACCAGCAUUCCUACCAAUUCCUACAGAUGUGUGACCCUAACAACAACUCUUACAGGGUCAUGUCACCCACCCUUGUGCAAAACUACCCAGGUUUUCACUAUCCCCUCUACGGGAAAACGGCAGGCAGAGAGGAGUCCCAUUUAUCUCAGAACAACCGUGGUGUGAGCAGCAAGCCAGCUAGUGAUUCCACUGCCCUUGAGCUUCUGCAGCACCAUAAUCUGCCAUACCAUGGUAAAUCCCCUGCGCCUGGUGAGAAAGGAUCCCCUGAGGCAGAAAGAGAGACAGACCGGGCGAGGAACCUUGUUCCCUUUGCCAAGCACCUUCACACUCAUCACCAUACACAUCUUGGAAUGAGCUAUCCUCUCAUGUCUGGGCAGUACAGUCUAUUCCAAGAUAAUGAAGGGAAGAAGUAAAAUCAUGUGACUGGCUCACAUGAAGAAAAGAAGAUUUACAGACAUCAAUUCCAUGGUGUUUAUUCAUUGCCUCUAUGGGAGGCAGAGACCAAUUUCAUUUGCGUUAAAUCAAUAUUUUAUAAAAGUCACAGAGCAGUGGUGUUGUUAUAUCGGUGGAGAUCUGUAUUAAGUAACUUUAAAGUAUUUUGCAUUUGGAUGCCUGUCUGAAAACACACGUGAGUAAUCCCAUAGUGUCAUAGAAUCCGCCAUAAAUGGCCAUGUUACAAAGCUUAUCUGCACAUAUAUCGUAGUGUAAUCAUUUGAUUGAAUGUACUGAAAUGUGCAAUAUCCCAAUGUUUUUUUUCAGUUGGGAAACUGCAGUAAAAGUGCAGGUUUCUAUAAAGGGGUUCUCUGAGCAUUACUUAAUUACAUUUGUAAACCGUGAUUGGCUGUAACCACCUGUUGAUUGUAUCGUCUCAUGUGAGAGUAAAUCUUCACAUUUUCCCAGUAACAUAGAAUUGUAGUGUAUAUAUUCUGUAUAGAUUCAUGGCCAAGCAUUACAUGCUAAUUAUGUGCUGUAUGUAUGUACAAUGGGGAGAACAAGUAUUUAAUACGCUGACGA